ACAUUGACAUUGUCUUCAAUAGCAAAUUUUAUGACGUUGUUUUUGAUUUGCAAAUUUGCAAUAGUUAGAUAAUUUGUUUAGUUUGUAAAGAAACUAUUAUAUCUGAAGGGAUUAUAGGCUUGAGUCUUUACCUAAGACGAUAAAUUAGAUUUAAGAUGUCUAACGGCCCGCAUCGACAUCUUUGGCGAAUUGUCUUCCAGAAUUUCAUAAAUUCUUUGAAACCUCGCCCAAUUCGAGGGAAUAAUAUGGGUAAAGAUUUUUCUGGAAAUAUAUAUUAUGAAAUACCUGCAGAUCCCAGUAGAGGUAAAAGAAAGCCUUCCCGUUGGUAUGACCCACCAAAGGGAAAUGAUUUUGAAGAUCCAAUCCCAGCAGAAUGGGAAUCAUGGUUAAGAAUGAGAAGAGAAGAUCCACCAACAGAAGAAGAAAUUGAGCAUAAUCUAGCUAUUGCCAAGCUGAAGCAAGAGAAUGCAGCUAAAAUAGAAGCUAAAAGGUUGUUAGAUGGAGGUUCUUUGCCAACAACCCCAGAAAGGGGUGCACAAACAUUUCCCACUUAUACAGAAUACUAUGGAGGAGACCCUGAAAAUGAACAUAGGAAAAAAUGAAAUUAAAUAAAUGUAUA